CUGCCCAUCUUGAAGUUCCCACCAGCCAUCAAGAUCCGAUCCAACACCAACAUAGAUGAUGAUGACUGCGGCGGCUGCACCACUCCCACUUCCUCCGACCACAAGAUUCCUCCCACCAUCGCAACUACUCCUCCUCCUCCGCCGCACAAACCCCGUCCACCUUCUACGCCUUCGUCUCUCCGCGUCAGAUCUUGCAAGAGGAAGCUUAUGACGUCACUACCCAAGUACGAGAUCAUCGUCAACAAAGAUGAGAUCGAGCGCUUCUUUACCUCCGUUUACAAC